AUCCAGUUUCAAAGGUUUGCAAGGUCUUCCUUAGAGGAAGGAACAAGAAGUUACAAGGGAGCAUCAUGGGCACUGUUGCUCCACAUGUACUCAUAGUUGAUGACACCUUUGUUGAUCGCCUUGUGGCAUCUCGAGUCUUAAAGAGUUGUAACAUUCAAGUGACAAUUGUGGAGGGCCCAAAGCAAGCCUUGGAUUUUCUAGAUGUGGAGAAUGAUGUAAAGCUGAUUCUAACCGACUAUUGUAUGCCUGGCAUGACUGGGUAUGAUCUUCUAAUGGAGGUGAAGGAAUCACCAAAGUUGAACCAUAUCCCUGUGGUGAUCAUGUCUAGUGACAACAUCCCUGAAAGGAUUCAAAAGUGCUUGGCUGCACGGGCAAAGGAGUAUAUCAUAAAGCCUAUCAAAGUUGCUGACGUGCACCGUAUUUUUAGCUACAUUUGAUAAGCUGAUGUAGGCAAAGAAUAAAGGAACAAAAGAACUCACUAUUGGGUUCUAUUUUCAAUUAUCUAUGAAGUCCUUGCAUGGUCUUCUUUUAUUUCAUCAAUUUUGUGUAAUUUGCUUGAACUUCAACUAGACAAUUUGUGUUUUUUCUAAAAGUGGUGUGUAUCAUAGAUCCAUAUGAUGUAUGUCAUCUUAUAAGCUUAAUAUGA